AUUCUAGUUUCUGCCGGAAUUGGUCCCUCUCCGGUCUUUCUGUUUCCGUGUCUGUGAAGACAGCAGUGGUGUGAUUUCAAGGAACUCUAACUUACCAAGAUGCAGGACCCAAAUGAAGACACAGAGUGGAAUGAUAUCCUGAGGAGGAAAGGCAUCCUUCCUCCCAAAGAGAUUCCUCAGGAGGAUGAGGCGGAGGAGGAGCUGGCCCUCCAGCAACAAUCUGUUGUUAAAACAUAUGAAAGCAUGACACUGGAGGAGCUAGAAGAGAAUGAAGAUGAGUUCAGUGAGGAUGAUGAGGCUGCUAUUGAGAUAUACAGACAGAAGCGUCUUGCAGAGUGGAAGGCAACUCAGAUGAAGAACGUGUUUGGGGAGAUGGGGGAAAUCUCCGGACAGGACUAUGUCAAGGAGGUCAACAAGGCUGGAGAUGGCAUCUGGGUGGUGCUGCACCUCUACAAGCAAGGCAUCCCUCUGUGCACCCUCAUCAACCAGCACCUGAGCUCACUGGCCAGGAAAUUCCCUCAGACCAAGUUUCUCAAGUCCAUCUCCACCACCUGCAUCCCCAACUACCCCGACCGCAACCUGCCCACCAUCUUCGUUUACUUUGAAGGGGAGAUGAAGGCCCAGUUCAUCGGUCCUCUGGUGUUCGGGGGCAUGAACCUCAAAGUUGAAGAGCUGGAGUGGAGGUUAUCGGAAUCUGGGGCUGUGAAGACAGACCUGGAGGAAAACCCCAAGAAACAAAUCGAAGACAAGUUGAUGUCAUCAAUCAGAAGUUCACUUCCUACGAGAAAGAACAGUGAGUCUGAGGAUGAGGACUAGUUAAACAAACUGGAGACCACUGGGCCGCUACACAGAAACUGAAGACCUGAAACACCCGAGCUGGGAGACGGAGAGGACGGCGUCUGCUUCAUCAGCACAUGCAAUUCCUGUUUUAAUCGUAUAGGUGGCGCUCAUGUGCAGAGCUCAGUCCUGCUCAAAGGCACUUAGAUGGGACCACUCGGCUGGAAAGAAUUAAACUCAGUGUGAAUCGGUUGAAUCCCUCCUGUGCAUUUCAGAGGGAAAACAGUCUCUCCUUUUGUCAUUUGAACAAACAUUAAACGAUGUCCUUGCAGAACCAUGAAAGAUAAAUGUAAACUUUUUUUAUUGUUUCAUGAUCAUUGUCACAAAAUGUACAUUUAAUUCUGUUUUAAUUAAACGUGACUUAACCGCCUUGCCAAAGUAAAUCAGUUUAAUAAA